CCGAGGGGGUGAAGACUUCGCCUCCCGUUCCUCCCGUCCGUGCCGUCCCUCCCGUCCCUCCCGUCCGGUCCGUGCCGCCGGCGCGGCCCCGGGAGCGGCCCGGCGGCGCCGCCAUGGCCGGGCCCGUGCUGCUGCUGCUGCUGCUGCUCUGCGCCGCGCUGCCCGCCGGCCUCCGCGCUCAGGGAGGCGUAUUCAUCAAGAAAGAAAAUGCCGACAAGUUCUUGGAAAGAACAAAACGUGCUAACUCUUUCUUAGAGGAAUUGAAGAAAGGGAAUAUUGAAAGAGAAUGCAAUGAGGAGCGCUGCUCAAAAGAAGAAGCAAGAGAAGCUUUUGAAGACCAGGAGAAAACUGAGGAAUUCUGGAACAUCUAUGUAGAUGGGAACCAGUGCAGUUCAAAUCCUUGUCACUAUGGUGGCCACUGUAAAGAUGGACUUGGUUCCUACACUUGCACGUGCUUGGAUGGUUAUCAAGGCAAGAACUGUGAAUUUGUCAUACCAAAGUUCUGCAGAAUAAACAACGGGGACUGUGAGCAGUUCUGCAGCGUCCGAAGAGAUGGGCGGAAGGAUGUGCUGUGUUCCUGUGCAGAUGGGUACCUUCUAGCAGAGGAUGGCAAGCACUGUGUUGCAACAGUAAAAUACCCUUGUGGAAAAAUUUCUGUGGUGAGGAAAAAAAGGUCUGUUCUUUCACCCACUGACCAUAGCAGUAGAAUGAGUGAUCAAGAAGACCCUGCAGCAAAUGAAACGAGCACAGAGGAGUACUUUGCAAUUACCACAGAAAGCCCAACGCCUGCACCUGACAACAGAACCAGCAGCAAGACUCCGUAUGUCGACACCAGGAUAGUUGGUGGGGAUGAGUGUCUUCCUGGCCAGUGCCCAUGGCAGGCUGUUCUGUUAAACGAGGAAGGAGAAGAGUUUUGUGGUGGAACUAUUCUGAAUGAAAAUUUCAUACUUACUGCAGCUCAUUGCAUAAACCAAUCCAAAGAAAUCAAUGUUGUUGUUGGUGAAGUGGACAGAGAGAAGAAAGAGCCGUCUGAAUCAAUGCACACUGUGGACAAAAUAUUUGUUCACUCCAAAUUUAUUGUUGAGACAUACGAUAAUGACAUUGCUUUAUUAAAGCUGAAGGAACCAAUCAGGUUUUCAGAGUACGUCAUCGCAGCAUGUCUCCCCAAAGCUGACUUUGCUAAUGAAGUUCUGAUGAGCCAGAAAUCUGGGAGGGUUAGCGGCUUUGGGCGGGAAUUUGAAGGUGGGCGAACAUCCAAAAAACUGAAGGUCCUCGAAGUCCCCUAUGUUAAUAGGAACACUUGCAAACAAUCCACUAACUUAGCCAUAACUGAGAACAUGUUCUGUGCUGGUUAUGACACAGAGCAAAAGGAUGCUUGCCAAGGAGAUAGUGGUGGCCCCCAUGUGACCAGAUAUAAGGAUACUUAUUUUGUUACUGGAAUUGUUAGCUGGGGCGAAGGAUGUGCAAGGAAAGGCAAAUAUGGUGUCUAUACCAAACUGUCCCGGUUCUUGCGCUGGGUAACUAAAAUCAUGGAUAUGUAGUGGUGUGCUGUGUCCCUUGAUCCUCCGUGUUAGCUGCCAAGGUACAGGAUUUGAAAUGGAAACUUUCUUUUCCUGCGCAUCUGCUAAGUUGGUUUUGACAUCUGACUCCUUAAAAUUAUGAUCUGCUUCCACUGGUAUUAUUCCUGGCUUUAAAGCACCCCUCUGUGGACUUUGAAGGUCUUUGGAAUUGGUUGAAUGAGGGAAUUUCCUCAAGCAAAAAGGCUGCUGAGUGGGGUCUUUGGCUUCUUUUAAUUAUUGAUCAAUGGCCAUUUGGUUGCUGUGUGUUGUCACGAGUGCUCCAACCAGAGGCUCCUAAACAUGUUCUGAACAGUCAUUAGUCACGAUGAAGGCAGGAAGGAUGGGAGUCACUUGAUCUUCAUAUUGCAGCCAUCUGGCUCAGCAGGGAGUUUGUCCAUACUGGAGUUGUUUAGCUUCUACCUUCAGAUGUGUUCAGAAGAUUAAGGGAGCAGGAGAUCUUGGAUGGAGAAGCUAACACAAUUAAUUAUCAAUAUGUGAUGCUAAAUAAUGGCAUAUUCCAUAAAAUGGCCUGCUCAGCUCACAGCAACUCGUUAAAUAGGGGUUUUGUUUUAUAAGAAUUGUACGUUAUUCUAGUUUAAUUUGUACACUCUGCUCAUCAAAAAAAAAAAAAAAAUACGUGCACAUUCGCUGUUUUCUGUAUCUUGUUCUGGAUUGUGUAUGGCUGAGGAUUGGAAAACUGCUUGUAUUGUUCUAGAUGUUUCUGUUAGGUGCUAUAUUGAUAUGCACCAGCAUCUGAAAUAAAACUUUUUCUUUUUUUGUU